GGAGACCCUAUCACAAAAAGGUCACGUAAAAGGAGUGCAUUUGUCAUCAAGCUUGCAUUCAGAAAUACCCAUUUUUAGUCACCAUGAAUUUACAUAUACAAUUUCAAUUUUCUGAUUUUUAAAGCGCGUCUAUUUUUUUUUAUAUAUAUACUUGUCUCUCUUCAAUGGAACCUUCAAAAGAUACACCUAAACUCAAAGUCAGAAAGCCAAGACAGCCUAAGGCUGAAGGAGGUCGUAAAGACAAGACAAUCAAGAUCAAACUCACAGCCAAAGGAAAUAAUCACCACGACCACGAUGAUCGUCUGCUAGGAUCAGACGAAGAAGAUCCCGAAGCAGCUAUUGAAGAACAAUUAAUCUUUCGAGUGCCCGAAGGAGACAUGUGUCAUAAAUUACGUGAAUAUGUUAAGAAAAGAGAGAUUCCUCAAGAUGUCUUGCUUCAUUUUAAAGACAAUCGAAAAGGAUAUUUUGUAUUUGAAGGCAAACAUUACGAUACACAACUUGUUGAUUUACCAACCAUUAUUGAAUCACAAAAGACGUAUGAUAAAAAGCAGUUUUAUAAAGUAGCCGAUAUUUCACAGAUGAUUUUAGUCGAUCCUACUUCUGGUUCAGAUCCCUUUAUACUACCUGCUAAUGGGAGACUUGAUGCAGAUCCAAACAGCUACCCUCAUGGUUUGACACCACCACUAAAGCAUGUUCGACAACGUCGAUUUAGAAAAAAGCUAUCUAAACGAGCCAUUGAAGAAGUGGAAAGAGAAGUAGAGCGAUUAUUGGAAAUUGAUGCCACAGCUGAAGAUGUUCAAUAUGAGGUGGUUGAUAAUAGAGAAAUUGAGAAUGAGCAAGAAUCAGACGCAGGCACACAAGACAUUGACAUUGAUGACAGUGAAGAUGAAAUUGAAAGUGAUGAAGAGGACUUGGUUGCUGCCAUUGACCGUGAAAUGGACGAUGAAGAUGACGAUGACGAAGAUAAAGAAGAAGACGAAGACGAGGAUGAAGAUGAAGAUGAAGACGAAUCAGAAGAUGAAGAUGACGAAGGAGAAGCACAGACAGGCGAAAUUGAACAAAAACGUCAAGAAAUUGCUGAAAUCAAACAAGCUAUUCAAAGAAAGACCCGUGAUUUAUCAACUGCACCUAAUGCUAUGCUCAAGGCUCGAUUUGAGACAGAUAUCAAUAACCUGAAGAAAUCAUUAACACUUAAAGAAGCUCAUUUGGCUGAGAUGAACGAGAAGGAAAAAGAAAAGUAACAUGACGUAAAUAAAUAUGUGUUCCCUAUGAAAUUUGAAUUAUGCGCGUCACGACUCGCAGUCAAGCUUUGGACUGCUUUCUAACACGAAAAAAAAACUAUAAAAAGGAGGUCUACCCAUGGCCCUCUUUCUUCUGUAUUCUUGUGC